AAAAGAAAAAACAAUGUUAUCUGAAAGAAACACAGCAGAAAGAAGGGAAAGAAGAAAAAAUGGCGAUGUUAGCAUCACCUUAUGUAAAACUCUCACUGCCAUUUUCACUUACCUCUUCCAAACCCAAUCCCCGGCGCCUCUUCGUUCUCCGAGCCACCGAACCUGAAACCCCUCCCUCCGGUUCGGAGCCCUCCGAUCCUGAACCUGAUGCCUCCGACGACGACUUUGACAGCCGCAUCAGCCAGCUUCGCCUCCGGUACCGCAGCGGCACAGGAAAGAAAGCGGAGCUCCGAAAGAAUCGAAAGUCGAAGAAAGGAAGCUCCGGAUCCGGGUCGGGCGUGUUCCUGCCGCCCGUGGCGCUGAAGGAGCCGGUUUCUGAGGGCGUGAAGGUGGAGCUAGGGUUCAGCCAGUACAGCGAGCGGUUGAACGGUCGCAUUGCAAUUCUCGGCUUGACAGCGCUGUUGCUGGUGGAGCUGGCGACGGGGAAGGGCGUUAUCAACUACCACUCGCCGGCGAUUAUUCUGAUUCAGAUUUAUUUUGUGGCUGCCGUUGGAGCUAUCUUUGUUAAGUAUGAGAAGGAGAAGAUCAGUGUAUGGCCUCAAACUGAUUCUUCCACUAACAAGUGAUUUUUCGCCCAAGGCUUCUGUUUUUUGCUGAUCAAAUGUAAUUAUUUGUUUUGGUUCUUGAAACGAAUGGUAUCUUGAGGAUAAAUUGUGAUUUUUCUAGAUUUGCAAUUGUAUUAUAUUAUAUUAUACUCAUUCUUAUUUGAGAUAAAAUGGAAUUCAAGGUUCUUCUUCUGUUUUA